AUGGCUCCCAGCUUAGCCCAGGCGUACCGGCGGAGGUGGUGGAUGGCCCUCACAGCCAUCAUAGAGAACCUGCUCUUCUCCGCUGUUCUGCUGGGCUGGGGCUCGCUGCUCAUCAUGCUGAAGAAUGAAGGCUUUUACUCCCACCUUUGUAUUGAAAACGAGACUGUCCACACCAACAUGACCUCCAUGGAGAGCGGUGAUUGGCAGACUUGUGUGGAGCAGGAAGAGAUAUUGAAUCUCGGCUUCACCAUCGGCUCGUUCCUCUUGAGUGCAGCCACUUUACCCCUGGGGAUCUUGAUGGACAGAUAUGGGCCACGCCCGCUGAGGCUCAUUGGCAGUGCAUGUUUCGCAUCUUCCUGCGCAAUGAUGGCUGCCGCUUCAUAUGACCCUGAAGUGCUUUCUUUCCUCAUCUUCCUUGCUGUCUCUUUCAACGGCUUUGGAGGAAUCUGCCUGACCUUCACCUCACUCACACUGCCUAACAUGUUUGGUAAUGUACGAUCGACCAUCCUCUCCCUGAUGAUCGGCUCCUACGCUUCCUCAGCUGUCACCUUCCCCGGUGUCAAGUUGAUUUAUGACCUUGGAGUGCCGUUCUGCAUCAUCAUGUGGGUUUGGUCUGGUAUGGCCUGCACGGUCUUCCUCAACUGCUUUCUAAACUGGCCUGCUGAAUCCUUCCCUGCACCUGAAGACAUCAGAUACACUAAAAGAGUGAAGCUGAAUGGGGUUGUGACAGAGGACAAGCUGACUGGGGACAGAUACGUCACCCAUGUGACUCUUAUGGAAGACGAAAUGGGAGCCAAGCAGCCAGAACGCGAGCAGCCAGACUCCCAAACUACAAACGAGGGCUCAGUGUCGCUUUGUCAUUCUAUGUGCUCGCCCAUCUUCCUGUGGAGUCUCAUCACCAUGGCAAUGACCCAGCUGAGGCUCAUCUUCUUCAUGGGUGCCAUGAAUAAGAUGCUGGAGUUCCUGGUCACUCACGGCAACCCCAACCCUUCAGAAGAGCUGCAGAACGAAGUGGAUGAACAAGUGGGUUUCUACUCAUCUAUCUUCGGUACCAUGCAGCUGCUUUGUCUACUGACCUGUCCUUUGAUUGGCUACAUCAUGGACUGGAGGAUGAAGGAGUGUGAAGAGGAAAAUGCAAACACACAAGUAGAGAGGAGCCAAUCAGUUCCCCCAAAGAGAAGCAGAAAGAUCCAGAAACUGACCAAUGCCAUGAGAGCUUUCAUCUUCACCAACAUUCUGUUGGUCAUCUUUGGAAUAAUUUCCUUGAUUGACAACCUGCCCAUACAGACCGUGUCUUUUGUUCUGCAUACCAUCGUGAGAGGAUUUAUCCACUCCUGCUGUGGAGGUCUCUACGCUGCUGUGUAUCCAGCCAACCACUUUGGGACAUUGACAGGCAUGCAGUCAAUGAUCAGUGCUGCUUUCGCAUUGCUCCAACAGCCGCUGUUCAUAGUGAUGGUGGGACACCUCAGUGGAGAUCCUUACUGGAUCAAUUUGGGCCUUCUCAUCUUCUCCCUGGCUGGCUUCCUGUUGCCAGGCUAUCUCUUCUUUCACCGUAGAAACCUGAUCAGGGCAAAGGCAGAGCGUGAUAGGCUGGCUACCAGCCAACCAGACAAAGAGAAUGGACCUCUAACCCAAACAGAUAGUGGAACUGCAAAGAGUCGAGCCAAUGGGCAUGCAGGCAAUGGAUACACACCGUGCUAG